CCCUUCGUAGGGGCCGUGACAGUCAUACCUUCCACUUCCUUCUCCUCUUACUCAACGUUGGAGAGCUAUUGGAAUUAUCUGUAUCCUUGGGGAUCGGAUCAUAAUGGCAGUGCUCGGAUGGUCGGAAACUCGACUGUUCAUAGUAACAUCGCUGUUGCUUCAAGUACGCUUAGCCUCAUAGCAACGCCCACAUCUAAUCCUUCCCCGCCUACAAGCACAUCUAAUCCACAUCCCUCGAUUCAUUACGCCAGCGGUGCAAUCCAUGCCAAAGAGCACAUCACUGUGACUGCCGGAAACUCGUAUACGAUCUACGGCGAGUUCAGCGCUCCGACAGCAGUAGGCACAUGGCCUGCAUUUUGGUUGACGGCAGUUGAGGGUUGGCCUCCUGAAGCGGACAUUGGCGAAUGGAAAGGCACGGCUAAUAAUUGGUACAACACGUUCAACACCUCUUCGGUAGUCAAAUCGACUCUGGUGGCUUGGCCGACCGAUCUGUCUUUCCACUCACUUAAAGCGGUCCUCACUGCGGAAUCCAACGGGGAUGAUGUGAAGAUCGACUUUUACAUGGACGGUGAAUUCAAGGUCACACAGUAUGGUCAAGGGUUUGUUGGAAGCGCCUUAUAUUUGAUCAUCAAUCUGCAGAUGGAAGGCAGUUCCGGAACACCAGGUCCUACGGGGACAACGACGUACAAGAUUCGCAACGUUGAAGUAACUCGAACUGGGUCGUAG